AUGACAUUCGAGGAUGUAGCUGUGGAAUUCACCCAGUGGGAGUGGAAGCAGCUGGCCCCUGAUCAGAAGGACCUAUAUAGGGAGGUGAUGUUGGAGAACUUCAGCAACCUGGUCUCCCUGGGACUUCCAGUGUCUAAACCAUAUGUGAUCUCUCAGUUGGAGGAAGGAGAAAUGCCCUGUGUGCUGGACAGAGAAGUUCCAUUUGGAGUCCAUUCAGACUGGAAAAGAAGCCCUAAAGUCAAGGAAUCAUUGUCAAGUCAGGGAACUUCUGAAGAGUUAUUCCAGGUAGCAUCAGUGGAAAAACACAUUCAAGAUGAGCUCUGGUCUUCUAAACUGAAAGUAGCCUGUGAUUGUGAUGGCCAAAGGUUAGAGAUGCAGUAUAUAAAACAGAUACAUCUGAAAGAAAUGCCAACUGCUCACAAAUCUACUACCACCCUUUGGAGAGAUCAUGAAUGGAGAGAAUUUGGGAGAAGUUUAGGCUUAAGACAAGUCCUUAAUCCUAACCUUAACAAACACAAUGUUGCCACAGGAGAAGGAUCCUAUAAAUGUGAUACAGAAUUCAGACAGACUUUAGAAAGAAGCAACUCUUGGAGGUCUCAGCCAGGGAAGAAAUCCUAUAAGUGUAAUGAAUGUGGGAAGUCUUUCCAUUUCCAGUCAGAACUAAGGCGCCAUCAGAGAUGUCACACCGGAGAAAAGCCCUAUAAAUGCAGUGAAUGUGGGAGAGCCUUUGGCCAUAUUUCAUCACUUAUUAAACAUCAGAGAACUCACACUGGAGAAAAGCCUUAUGAAUGCAGUGAAUGUGGGAGAGCAUUCAGCCAGAGUUCAUCUCUUGUUCUACAUUAUAGAUUCCAUACUGGAGAGAAGCCCUACAAAUGUAAUGAAUGUGGACGAGCCUUUGGUCAUACCUCAUCCCUCAUUAAACAUCAGAGAACUCAUACUGGAGAAAAACCCUAUGAAUGUAGGGAAUGUGGGAGAACUUUCAGCCAGAGUUCAUCUCUCAUUGUGCAUUAUAGAUUUCAUACUGGAGAGAAACCCUACAAAUGUAAUAAAUGUGGGAAAGCCUUCAGCCAGAGUUCAUCUCUCACUCAACAUUAUAGAUUUCAUACUGGAGAGAAGCCCUACAAAUGUAAUGAAUGUGGAAGGGCAUUUGCUCAUACUGCAUCCCUUAUUAAGCAUCAGAAAAGGCAUGUUGGGAAAAAACCCCUAUGAACUCAGUGAAUGUAGGAAGGCUUUCAGCUAUGCGACACAGAACACCAAACCUCAGAGAUUGUAUUGGAGAGAUCCUGUAAAUGAAAUGUAUGUGGGAAGACCUUGGG